ACGUAGCAAACUCAACAAAAGGAGCCCCACUCCCAACAUAUGCUAGUUACGACGGGGUCAAUCGAUCCUCUGAAUGCCGAGGCAGCCGUCAUUGCUUGCCAUCUUUAGGUUUCUGGCGGCCUUUACGCAGUCAGUCCCGUUUCUCGACGCGUCAUCAUUUUGCAUUUUGGCCGUUCACAUGUCAAAUUAUCGCCCAUCUGCGCGUUUCCAGGUGGAUGCCCCGGCGCUCACGUUCAUUGCGCCGGAAGAUGGGGCCACCAUCGGGCUCUUGUCGAUUCACGAAAAGGCACGCAUCUGCAGCUCAUUGACUUGGCCGUCGGCUGAUAAACAGGCUCUUAAAUAUUACUCCCUCCGCGCUACUCGAGAUGCUCCUCGACGGCAUUGUCAGCCAUUCGCCAUGGCAUUAACAUCUCUCUGGGACUACGUUUUCAUCCGGACAAGCAUCUUCCUCCUGCACCUGAUCGCGCCCCUGAGCAUUUUCUAUUCACUGGCCAGAUGGCUCGUCUAUCCCCUGUUUCACGUCCCCCGAAUGCUAGAGAUCUGGCUCGCACUCGAGGCCGUCUUCUACCUUGCCGUCUACCUUCCGCUCAGCCUCCACCUCCAGAGGACCACGACAUAUCCCACGGCCGUCUGCCGUAGCGAUCGCCGCAAAUUGUUCCGGCGCUGCCACGACAACAUUCCAGAUCCGGAACGCUACCUGACGAAAUGGUUCCGGAAUGCGCCGGCGGCUGAGAUCAAGAGGGAGAACGUCAAGGACUUCUUCCGAUGGGCCUUCUUGAAUACGGGAGACCCCGACUGGGAAUACGACGAGGAGCUGGAGGAGUAUGCCGGCGAGAUGGAGAAGAUGCUGGGGAGGAAGUUCGAGCCCGGGCGCGGUAACGCAAAGUGUCUGAGAUUGACCCUCGACAAGGUCGAGAUGUUACACCGGAGCUUGACAUGGUAUCUGUGCGUGUUUAUUGUCGACACACUGGCUUCCGGCUAUCUGCACUACCACUCCUUCGACUUCCACCACACGUCGUUUCUUACCGUCUUCCCCUUAUGCCCCCUCACACUCUUCAGCACCCAUUCCUCCCCUGCACAGAGUCUGACUUACUGGCACCGGCUACACACCUCGAAGACAAGACUCCCGGUCCUGUUUAUCCACGGUAUCGGUGUUGGGCUCUACCAAUACAUAGACUUCCUGGCCGAAUUAAAUGCGAACGACGGUGACGAUUCGUCCGACGGACAGGUGGGGAUCAUCGCUUUGGAGAUCAUGCCUGUGAGCUCCCGCAUAACCGGAGAGGCAAUGUCGCAAGAAAAGAUGGGCGAUGAGGUGCAUUGCAUAUUGAACGCGCAUGGGUGGAAAAAGUUCGUGCUGGUGGCACAUUCCUAUGGAAGCGUUGUGGCUGCGCAUCUCCUUCAUACGCCGAAGAUCGCGCCAAAGAUCGGACCGAUGUUAUUCAUUGACCCGGUGGCCUUUCUACUGCAUCUCCCCGAUGUCGCGUACAAUUUUAUCUGCCGGAAGCCAACCAGUGCCAAUGAAUACCUGCUCUGGUACUUCGGCUCCAAGGAUAUAGGCGUUGCUCAUACCCUCUUUCGACGCUUCUUCUGGGCCGACAAUAUCUUGUGGAAGGAAGAUAUGCAGGGCCAUCGCGUGGCUGUGGCCCUUGGCGGCAACGACCUGAUCGUUAACACAAAGGUCGUCAGGGCGUAUAUGACAGGCGGAAAUGACUGGAUUCUGUCGAGUGAGGGCUGGGGGGAUGAAGGCUGGAAAGAUGGAGAGUGGAAGGGCGAUGGCUUGGAUGUGUUGUGGUUUCCGGACUUUCAUCAUGGACAGGUGUUUGAUACCUAUGACAAUGCUGUCUACCCACCAUCCGCCAACACGUCCGGGUCCUUCUGGGCGUCGCGAAGGAUCUUCUUCAUCGAGGAAUAG